AUGCGCCGCGUAAACUGCUACCUAGUAGACGCCGCAAAGACAUGGUUCGAGAACCGGGAGUCCACGCUGCAAAGCUGGGAUGUUUUUAGGACGACGUUCCUCCGCACGUUCACGAGCUUCGUCCACAAGGAACGUGCUGCGACUAUCUUGGAGACGCGUGUGCAACUCCCCAACAAGAACAUCACAGUCUUCGUCAAGGAGAUGACCCAGUUGUUCCACCACGCUGACUCCGCCAAGGCCGAGGACGAGAAGAUUCUCAGGAGCCGCAAGAAAGCGUACAAGAUCGAAGAAUCGCAGCAUGGAGCAAAAAAGCAGAGCUUCAUGGACAUCCUUCUGCGUAUGCACAUGGAAGAGGGCGUUUUCACCUUGGACGAAAUCAGGGAAGAGGUGAACACCUUCAUGAUCGGGGGCUUUGACACUACAGCUAUGGCGGCAUCCUAUGCCAUUCACCUGCUUGGCAACCAUCCUGAAGUGCAGGCGAAAGUCCACGAGGAGCUCGACGCCGUAUUCGGGUCUGACGAGAAAAGACCUGUGACCGCGGAGGACAUCAAACAACUCAAGUAUCUCGGAUGCGUCAUAAAGCAAGAGUCACUGGCCGCCAUCAGUGGCUCCGUGGUAUGUUUCUCUGCCAGCUACAAGGAGGUGAGAAUUCAGAUGCGCUGGCACCGAAGGUGCUGUGAUACCAGCAGUAUACGGGUCAACGAGAACCUGAACGGAAGCGAGAUCUCGGAGAAGAUCUAG